ACCCAUUGUCUUGCUCACUCCCCUUUCACCCUCAAAACAUUUAAACUGCAAAUCCCCCCUUCUCUCUCUCUAAAUCUUCAUUUCUCAGUCCCAAACCUCUGUUUCUCUGAUCCGUCUACCCCAACAAUGAAGUUCAGGUCAAUCUUCAACCCAAGAGAAACCUUCCUAACAUGCAAGCAACCCAAGACACACUCUUUCAGAGCAGGUCCAGACAUUUACAGGAGCAUAAACUCAGUCUACAUUGCCUCUGAUGCCAAGACCCAAGCCGUCCUCGGCCCUAAACUCCACGACCCAACAGCCCACGACGCGUCUUUCUCCGAACCCAAUUCUUGGUUCUUCACAGACGACAAGAACUCCUCUCAUUCUAGCGGCUUCUCGACCGAUAUAUCCUUUCUCUCUCUAGAAUCUAACGCGUUGGAAGACGCAGUUGUUGAUGGUUUAGUUAGGGGCCUAUGCUCCAAGAGGUUCUUCUUUGAGCCUGAAGACACAAGUUCCAUUCUUGGUGAGGCCAAAGACAGAGAAAAUGAGGAGAGAGAAAGCAAGGAAAAUGGUGGGGAUGAUUUCAUAAAAGAAAGUUUCAUGCUGGCUAUGGAGUCUGAUGAUCCUUACAUGGAUUUUAGGGUUUCCAUGGAGGAGAUGGUGCAGGCGCAUGGGAUAAAAGAAUGGUCCUGUUUGGAGGAGCUUUUACAGUGCUAUCUUAGGGUUAAUGGUAAGAAAGCCCACAAAUAUAUUGUAGGAGCAUUUGUUGAUCUUCUCAUUGGGCUUUUAUCAGAGGGAAGCCCAUAACUAGAGCAAUGUUAGACAGAGAAAAUUAGUAUAUGAUUCUCAAUGUAAAUUAUCAUUUGAGAAAUGCAAUACAUAUAGCCUUCACAGUUUUGAUA